AUGGCUCCAUCGCCACCCAUUGGGGCGAAUGAGACCGAGGUCGUCACCCAGCCAGGCGACACCACUGUUGAACGUCCAACCGUCGCAAUCGACCGCGCCUUCUUCCCCGAGAUCUUUGAAGACAUCUUUGCGUACUCAAGCAAGGAGGCAUUGUUCGCGCUUCGGCGUUCGUGUCGCGACCUCUUCGAACGAGUGAACGCCAUCUUUGACCCCUAUCACAUCAACUUACGCAUGUACUGCCAGGACGACACCUCCCGUCAUGUCUUGUAUAUCCACGACACCUACAAUUAUCUCUUAUUUGGCAAACACGGCAGCCCCCCGGAAAGUUGGAUCAAGGUCCUGUCACUCAGACAGGAGCGGGACGACUAUUGUCUUGACGAGUACAAUUUUGAAGGGAGCACCAUGAAAGUCGAGUUUCUUACCCUGCCUCAGCGGCUAACCAAUCUCGAAGUGGUCCGCAUUCUGCCUAACUUUGGCGGGAAUCUGUUUAACCACCUGCCCUACUUCAAUCUUGAGCAAAUCAGUGAAGUCUAUGCUGCUGCUCCCACGUACAUUGUCUUUACUGGAGACGAUGGUCUGCGCCUUCCGAAAUCCCGCAACAGGUCCAGCGCCCUCAAGACGAAGAAUCUCGUCAUCAACAUCGGAGGGUGGUAUGGCCAUAUCGACGACCAGUGGCUCUCCCCUGAUCUCAUUUGGCCGAACCUCUCCGAGGUCGUUUUGUUCUUUGACUCUGAACUCGACACGUCUGAAACCGAUCUGUGCGUGUCACUCUUGACCGCACGCCCAGUCAAGAACAUUCGCUACACCGUCGUGGGCCUUGAGGAUGCGCGUCAAGAGUACGGCUCCCAGGACGACGAUGAUAAUUGGAAGUCAGCUCUGCUGGCUCGUAUCCGCAUCAAGCUCAACUUGGCGAUUGCGGCCAUCCCGCAGCAAACGAAAGAUAAAUGGACCAAGGCAAUCAGGAAGGGCAUGGAUACCGAGAAAAUUCUUGGCCGUGUGACAGUCCUGUCCAAAUCCGAGUACCGUUCGAAGGUUGGGAAGAACUUCUACAGGCUCGUGACAGAGGAAUAUUGGACGCCAGUGGAGUGA